UCUGCGAAUAUACUAUACAUAUCUUCACGAAUAUAUAUAUAUAAGGGGAGCAUCGCAUCUUAAGAAACCCCCGCCAUUAUAUAUCUUGUAUCCACAACGUACCAUUCAAACCCAUUUCAAUGGCGUCCACAUUGUUAAUCACGCUCCUCAUCAUUUUGGCCUAUCCCUCCUCCGCCGACCGUUCCUUGUCGCCCCAACAAUCGACUACGCCAGUGAUUGCUGCGACCUGCGUCGCCUCCCGUGAUCCACCAUCAUGCGAAGACGCGUUAACCAAGCUCACCUUCGUCCCGCCCGACGCAAACGCCUUCCAGGUUAUCCAAUCCGCCCUGAAUGUGACUUUGAAAAAUCUGGACAAGGCCAUUUGGAUGACCAAGGAUAUCCUGGGCGGCGCCUCCGGAAACCGGAACCUCACCACGGCAGCUAAGGUUUGCGGAGAGAUUCUGGGAUAUUCCAGGUAUCGGGUCGCGUUGGCAGCUCAUCGCGGUUUACAGGGCCCUAAAAUCAAAGACGGGCGUGCGUGGGUGAGCGCCGCCCUGGGGUAUCAGUACGAUAGCUGGUCCGCCCUAAAGAAAGAAAACGACACCGCGAAGGUGAUCAAUACUAUGGCUCUUAUAAACGACACCAUAAUGGCGAUGACCAGCACCGCCCUGAAUAUGCUGGCUAAUUACGAUGUGCACGGAGAGAACGUGGGGUCGUGGGGCCCUGUGAAGACGGAGAGGGAGGGGUAUUGGGAGCCUGUGAAGGGAGAUCGAUCUAGCCGCCGGUUUGAUUUCAAAGGCGGCGUCCCCAAGGGCCUGAAACCGAACGUGACGGUUUGCAAGAGCGAGGGGUGCGACUAUAUGACGGUUCAGGAGGCGGUGAAUGCGGCGCCCAGCCUUAAAUCCAGGAACCUGUUCGUGAUAUGGAUCAAGGCUGGCGUUUACAAGGAGAUGGUUCGGGUGUCGGUGAAGAAGCUAAAUAUUGUGUUUUUAGGAGAUGGUAUGGGCCAAACUGUCAUCACCGGAGCUCUACAUUCCGGCAUACCCGGAAUGAAUACCUACGGCUCUGCCACCGUCGGUGUUGUUGGAGAUGGAUUCAUGGCGUACAAUAUGACGUUCGAGAAUAGAGGAAUUGGUUACCAAGCAGUAGCCUUCCGAUCCGACGCGGAUCACACCCUGAUAGAAAGCUGCGAAUUCCUGGGAAAUCAAGACACCCUUUACGUGAAAUCCCUGCGCCAAUACUACAAAUCGUGUCGCAUCCAAGGAAACGUAGACUUCAUAUUCGGGAAUUCAGCGGCAUACUUUGAAGACUGUGAAAUCCUGUUCUCUGCAAGGCCAGAUGAGGCGGAGAAGGGGGAGACAAACGCGGUGUCGGCCCACGGCCGGAUCGACCCUGCCCAGACAAUUGGUUUCGUGUUCCAGAAUUGCACCAUUAACGGCACGGAACAGUACUUGAAAGUUUACUAUAAGAAUCCGAGCGUGCACCGUAAUUAUCUUGGACGCCCGUGGAAGGAGUAUUGCAGGACGGUUUUCAUAAUGUGUAGCUUUGGGGAUAUUGUUUCAAAGGAUGGAUGGUUUCCAUGGAAGGAUGAUUAUGCUCUCACCACGCUUUAUUAUGGGGAAUUCCAGAAUAGGGGAGCUGGUGCCGACACAUCGGGGCGCGUCAAUUGGAGUAGCAUUAUUCCGCCACAACAUCUUUACUCAUAUACGGUUCCCAAUUUUAUCCAGGGGGAUACAUGGAUUCCUCAAUCUGGAUAUAUUUCACUCAACAAAUUAAACUAAUCCUUUAAUUUGUAAUUGGUGAUACAAGCUACCUAAGUGAUAACUUACAAGCAGGAAUUGAAGAAAACGUUAUAUAUUUGUUGUCCCCGGCCUUUUGCAAUAUAAUGGAUCGGAAUAUUAUUGCUAUAUA